GGCUGGCCACUCAGCGGAGAGGUCCCAGGUCCCGACUCCCACCAUGCUGCGCUGGGUACCCACCUCCACAGCGCUGCUGCCGCUGUUGGCCCUGCUGCUGGGGGCUGCCUCCUCGGCUCCCCUGGCGCCCAGACCCUCCAAGGAGGAGCUAACCCGCUGUCUAGCAGAGGUGGUCAUGGAGGUGCUGACCCUGGGCCAGGCCCAGAGAGGCCCCUGCACAGUUCUGCUCCACAAAGAGAUAUUCGAGACAGAGCCCCGUGGCUGUGUGUCCCUUGAGGAGAAGAGGUUGCUGGGUGGGGAGUUCAACAGGCAGGAGGCUGGAGAGAUGAGGUCCAGCCAGGAGACAAGGCACAAGGAAGAGGAGGAGGAAGCAGCGGAGAGGACCCGCGAGUCUGAGGUGCGGGAACAGGCCAUCCACACACAGCUCCACAGCCGGCUCCGUCAGGACGAGGAGGAGGAGGAAGAGAAGAGCCAGCCAGGGAAGACCUUUGAGCGGAUGUGGGAGCAGCAGUUAGAGAGUGCCAGGGGCCCCCAGAAGCGGGUGGCUGAGAAGGCCAGCAAUGAGGAGACGGCCCAGUUUCAGGCAGAGGAGAAGGGCAUGCAGCUGCUGGGCGGAGGCCACCAUCUGUGGCAGGGGGCUGAGAUGGCCGGGGCAGGAAGGCGUGAAGGGUCCUCCAGCCAUCAUCACCACCCGGAGCAGCCAGGCACCAAGGCCAAACAGGAGGAAGAGGCGUCAGAGGAAGAGGCGUCAGAGCAGGAGGAAGAUGAUGUGGAACGGCUGGAGCGCAUGAAGGAGCAGCUGAAGGAGGCCACCGCCAUGCUGGGAGAGGCACUUGGGAGGGAAGGCUGACCCCUCGCCACUCUCCUCCUUUCCCAUACCCCCUAAGGCUCAGACAGUUGACCUCAGAGCCCCCAAUCCACGCGGCAUCCUGCUCCACUUCCGGCUGGCAGGGACUGGUGUGCCUGAGAGAAGUCGGAGGGGGCAGGGUUCAGACUGACUCAGCCCCCCCCCCCCAUCCCUCUGAGUGAAUAAAGCACAAAGCAAA